CAAAAACAUGUAUUAUAUUGUAUCUAACUGAGAUAUAUAAAACAAAAAUGUUUCCUUGAUUGUUUAAAUGUCCAGACGAGGGAAACCGAAUUUUUUAGAAUUGCGAGUCCGAAAUUCGGAAAUAUUUUCGAUCACUUUCGGAUACCGAUCUCAGUAUUGGGAUGGGGCCUUGAUCAAUAAUUUCUAUAAUUAACCUGGCAAUACCCAAAUUCAGACUUCGAUCUCAUCAGCUGUUCAGCCAGCACUUAUUGACAUCUGACCCCGUUAGACGUAGAAUUGACAAAUGCAAUGACAGUUACAAAAAAAUAAAAAAUUUAAUACGAAUGUCGUCAGAGCAGCAGGAACAAGAGGAAUCCACUCCAACUAUUCGACGUGGACCGCCGAUGCCAUCAGAAGACAUGAUGCGCAACUCUAUUGCCAGCAAUCUUACCCAGAUAUUGUUAAAUAUGAGAAAUGCAAAUUAUCAGCAACAAUGCCGAGAAAUUUUGCAGGUGGAUGAUUUGUCACAAGGGGCUUACAGCAAAAUUCUGAAUAUACUCAAAUACAUUGAUGAAAAGCGCCCACAUCCGCGCACACGUGAGACUUAG